AUGCCUCUACAUUUGGCGAUGUGCACGCUCUCCUCUAUCGUCAAUUUCUGGCCCAAUAGCCACAAAUUUUGUGUCUCUCCGCUUAUCGCGAAUGAACUCUAUGGUCAAGGUCUCUAUAUAUUAAAUUCUCUUCAUCUCAAAUACGGUCCAGUUGUCCGGAUUGCUCCUGGCGAAGUCUGCUUCACAUCGUACGAUGCGCUCAAAAAGAUCUACGGCUCACAAGGGAGCGGAUUUGAUGAGACGGAGUUCUACGAUCUCCUCACAGUGUUUGGCCUAAGAAAGCAUGCGAGACGCAGGCGACUUCUUUCAGACCGUUACGCUAAUAGCAAUAUUGUCAACCCAUCGUCUCUCAAUGGUAUUCGAAUCAAUGCGACUUCCUUCAUCGAGCGUUCCGGAACCUCGGCAAACGCUAGUGUUGACGUUUAUAUCAUGUGCUAA